AAGAUGACGCAAUCCCCGCGCGGGCGGGGCGGAGCGGGGUCCUGAGGGUCAGGCGUCGGCCUGCGAAGCGGAAGUGGGCGGGAAAGAGGCGGCGGCCGCCAUCGGUGAAGGACGCCGACGCUGACGGAGCUCUCGAGGGGCGGAGGACUAGAAAGGAAAUCGGUAAAGCAAGAGAAGAACGGAACCCUGUUGCUGAGGAUACCAGGGAGCUUCCUGCUGGGCUCCUAGACCCAGAUCUAAGGUCUUGCAAGUUCUUCUGUAGAGGGAAAAUGCCUAAAGUCAAAAGAAGCCGAAAAGCUCCCCCAGAUGGCUGGGAGCUGAUUGAACCAACUUUGGAUGAAUUAGAUCAAAAGAUGAGAGAAGCUGAAACAGAACCUCAUGAGGGAAAGAGGAAGGUGGAAUCCCUCUGGCCUAUCUUCAGGAUCCACCACCAGAAAACCCGCUAUAUUUUUGAUCUCUUCUACAAGCGGAAAGCCAUAAGUAGAGAGCUGUACGAAUACUGCAUUGCGGAAGGCUAUGCGGACAAGAACCUCAUCGCCAAGUGGAAGAAGCAGGGCUACGAGAGCUUGUGCUGCCUGCGCUGCAUCCAGACCCGAGACACCAACUUCGGGACCAACUGUAUCUGCCGAGUCCCAAAAAGCAAGCUGGAAGUGGGCCGGAUCAUCGAGUGUACACACUGCGGCUGCCGGGGCUGCUCGGGCUGAGCCCCCACCUCCCCGAACUUCGGAUAUGGCUGGCUAUUCCCCGCCACCCCCAGCGCUUACUGCAGGGCCUGGCCAAACUGGUGGAGGCAUUGGCAGUUCUGUGUCAUCUGUAGAAAUAAACCCUGAGACCUUU